AUGGCACAUUACAGCGAAACACCAUUAACACCAUUACAUUUUUUAAAGAGUGAUGAAAUAUUAUUUUGCAUUUAUGAAGAAUUUGAAAAUGAUGAGAGUGCAGAUCAAAAUGAGAAAUUAAUUUACUUUUAUCCAGAUAUUCCUCAUGUUAAUAAUAUGAUGAAAGUUAAUUUUGGUGGUGGUAUUCAUUCAAUGUCAGGUAUUAGUGGUGAUUUCUUCACUUCAUCACCAAUCGAUUAUAUCACAUUAGAAAGACAUGUCCUAUCAUUAAAAUUAGUUGAUCGUUAUACAAUGGUAUUAUGCACUGAUAUCGAUAUUGCACCAUCAACAGUUUCAAAUCAUUUAAAUCAUAUUUAUAAAGCUUUAACUUUUUUUUAUAAAACUUUAGGUACAAUUUCUAAAGAAAAAAAGAAACUCGAAUUCGAAUUAAAUGAAUUAAUGCAAAUUGUAACAAACAAUAUAUAUAAAAAUAUAAUGAAUCCUUUUAAUCCAUUACCAUAUACACCAUUACCAAAUAGAUCACAAAGAUUUUUUAUACAAGCAUCACAUUUAAUUGAUAGUAUAUCACAAAAUGAUCAUUUAGGAGGUGCAAUAUUCUUUAGAAAUACAGUAUUAUAUAGUAAUUUCGAAUUGAAAACUACAACUAAAUUCAUAUUGGAUAAAAUUGAAUAUAGUAGAAAGAAUGCAACUAAUCCAUUAAUAUUACAACAACAAUCAUCACAACCACAAUCACCAUUACAAUCACCAUUGAACAUGUCAAGUUCAUCCUCUGGUUUAGGUAAAGAUAGUUCUUCAAAUAUUGGUGGUUUAAAUUCUGGUGGUUCAAAUUUAAACAAUUCAAAUAAUUCAAAUGGUAAUGCACCACCACUUUACAUUCCUGAAGAUUAUCAUCAAACUGUUUAUAUAUCACCACAGGAAUAUACAAAUUUAAAAAAUAAACAUAUUAAUACUGAUAUAAAUCAAAAUCAAAAUAAUGUUUUUAAUAUAAAUAAUGUACAACAACAUCAUCAUCAUCAUCAUCAUCAAUCAAAUAAUAGUUAUAAUAAUUAUAAUAAUUAUAACAAUAAUAAUAACAAUGAUAAUGAUAAUAAUAAUAAUAAUAAUAAUGAUAAAAAGAAUGAAACAGAAUAUAUUGCAGUUAAAUUAUUAAUAAUUUAUUGGACAGAUUUAACUAUUGCAUUAUUAACAGAUAUAAAUCCAAAUACACAAUUUACAAUUCAUUUAGAAUUUAAUAAGAUUAGAUUGAAUCAUAAUAAUCGUAUAUUACAACUAUCAAAAGAUUUAGAGCAAUCGUUUGACAAUAGACCUUCACCACCAACAAUAUUACACAGUACAACCAUUUCACCAUCGAAUGGAUUUCAUUUCUUAUCAUAUGAUUCUCUAACUAGUAUGGCUGUAUCUGGUGGUGUUUCAACAACAAAUGAAGAGAAUUUCAUAAACACUUGUACUGUAGUUCAUGAUACUUUUCUUGAAAAUCCUGAUACAACUCAAAUGUUUUUAAAGAAUCAACAUGGUGAAAUCUUUUGUAAGAAACAAUUUGGUCGUGAAGUUUAUUAUCAACCAAAAGUAAUCUAUUCAAAUAAUAGAUUUUUAGAGAAUUCUGAUUUAAUCAUUCAAACUCAUUUAAAAGAUCAUAAUAUUAAUAUAUUAUAA